UUUGCCAAAAAAGUCAUAACUACAGUGGUACAAAUUUUCUCCCAAGCUGUGAAUUAUACAACCGUGAGUUUCAUAGAUUUGCCUUAAAAUGGAAAACCACUAAUUUAAUCAAAAACCAACAUAUUUUAUCUACUUAGGUUGGCUCCUAGUAAAAGUCCUUGCCAUAUGUACUAGUAUCACAGAACACAGUAAUAUAAAACCACAUGUCCAAAAUUAGGAUGUCAUUGAUCUUAGCAAAUCAUCUUAAAGCUGUUAAUUUUUGUUCUAAAUCUUUUGUAGUAAAGUGAAUGUCCUUAUUCACCAGUGAACAAAGUAAAAGAAACAAGUAAACCGAUGCUCAGUAAUCUGUAUAUUUAUUGAAUAAAGGCUUAUAAUGUCCACAGUAGAAAAAUCAAAGUUAUGCAAUGAUCAUUUAAUAAAAUAAUGGCGUGUAAUAAUGUUGAAAAAAAAAACUAUUUCACAAUUCCCGCCAAUGAAAGGGUUACUAGAGAGCAUAGCAAAAAAUGUACAAAGCCAUCUUAAUAUGACACCUUAUCUUAUGUCAUCAUUCACAAUUGUUAUAAAAGGAUAAUUCAGCCUCUAGCAGAUGACAACGUGCCAGUCUGCGUGAGCAUGUGCAACCGAUACAGACAAGGAGUUAUCAUGCAUCACUAAUGAGGAAAUCUCAGCCAAAGAAGUUGCUAGCAAUUUUUCUACAGCCCCCAGAGCCACUGAAGAUUAGACAGCGAUGUUUCGUACUCUCAGCCUUAAAAUGAUAAUAACCUGCAUCCAAUGAACAAUCUAAAGAGCCUUCAAAGACACUUAUUUCUAAGAUGCCAUAAUAGUAAAGUCAGUUAUUUGGAUGCAGCUCUGGAUCCGAAGUUACACUGAGAUGAACAUUGUGGGAAGUCACCAAUUGAUGAAACCUGGGAACGUUUUCUUUUUGUAUACAUUCCUUUUAUCUGUUUUAGGGUUUCUCUCUUCAUCUUCUGGUUUAAAACCAAGAGCAUCAAUAAACGGGUUUAAUGCGAUUCGCCAGAAAAGAGAUCUCUUAGCAGCAGAGGGUAAUGGAACAACUUUUUCUGGAGCCCGCAGGCUCCCCCCUCACACCGAUGUUCCACAUUCAGAGUCCUGCUCACAUGGCUGCCUUAAUGGAGCACUUUGUACAGAAGCAGGUUUGUGUGACUGUGACACCUUUCAGGCACAAGGAAACAGAUGCCAGUACGUACCAAACCCUGGCAAGGAAAGAGAUGGGAUUUGCAGAAGUUGGGGUCAAUACAAUUUUGAAACAUUUGAUGGUAUCUACUUUUAUUUUCCGGGAAACUGCUCCUACAUAUUUGCCAGAGAUUGCAGUAAUCCUGUGCCUUUGUAUACCAUAUGGGUUCACAACAGCCCUAUUUGUGAGGGUUCUGUUUAUACUUGUAAAAGAUCAAUCAGUAUGUUUUUCUCAAGCCAAGAGGAGAUCACAGUUUCUGGUUACGAAGUGAGGAAAGGGGGUGUAAGGGUGAUGUUGCCACAGACAGUGGAAAAUGUAUUUAUUGAGAGACUAGCUGACUAUAUACUAGUAAAGACUACCUUUGGAUUUUCUCUUGCCUGGGAUGGAGGAUCUGGAAUAUAUAUCAAGCUAACAGAAGAUCAUAAAGGGAAACCUUGUGGCCUGUGUGGAAACUUCAAUGGCAACUGGACAGAUGACCUUACAGUACAACACACUGAGGAAACUACAGAAGAUAUUGCUGUGUUUGCUAACAGCUGGUUCAUCCAGAUCCCAGAUGAACAUAUUUGUGUAGAAACUUCUUCUGAAUACUCAAAUCCUUGUUCUGUGGAUACUAUUCAUGAGGAAAUGUUUCAAAAAUGUCAGGUGCUCUUACAGUUCCCUUUUCUGAGCUGUCACGAAACUAUUGACCCUUAUUCUUACAUUGCAAGCUGUAUGAAUGACUUAUGCAAACAUGAUGAUGAUGAGACAUAUUGUCGUGCUGUAAUUGAAUAUGCAAGAGCAUGUUCUCAUUCUGGCCGUCCAAUUCGAGACUGGAGAGAUGACUUCCCAGCAUGCACUGAAAAGUGUGAAGAGAAUUUUGUACAUCGGGACUGUAUUAGCUGCUGCCCACCAACUUGUACUUAUGAAAAAGAAUGUUUAGGAAGCAAUCUGCACUGCCUGGAUGGAUGCUAUUGUCCAGAUGGUCUUAUCCUGGACAACGGAGCUUGUGUUUCAGUAACUAGCUGUCCUUGCAUUUACCAUGGCACGGCCUACUCAGCGGGUUCUAAGAUAGAACAGGAAUGCAGCAUGUGCGUUUGUACCGGUGGUGUUUGGAAUUGUACAGAGCAUGAAUGUCCAGCGGAGUGCUCUGUAGUUGGAGAUUCUCACUUUACAACCUUUGAUGGACGUUAUUUUACUUUCCUGGGCAUAUGUCAAUACAUCUUGGUCAAAGGAACUGGAAAAGAUAAAUUUACCAUCACUUUACAAAAGUCUUCAUGUGAUCAACAUUCUGACCAUGCCUGUAUUCAGUCAAUUACACUUGUGCUUGAUGAGGAUAUGAAUAAACAAGUUACCGUCCUGAGAAAUGGGGAUGUCCAAUAUGGCCCUAACCAAGCUAUUAUACUAAAUGGUGAUAUUGAAGUUCGUAAUUUGUCAUCGAUGUUUGUCCAGCUAAAAACCAAGUUUGGAAUAAGAAUUCAGUUUGCCAAGGGAGGAGAGAGACUUUAUAUUCAAGCCAGCAGUGCAUGGAAGAGGAGAACGCUGGGUUUAUGUGGAACAUUUAAUGGAAAUCUGAGAGAUGAUUUUCUUUCUCCAGCAGGUAUGAUUGAAGGGACCCCACAACUUCAUGCAAAUGCCUGGAAAAUCUCAUCAGCCUGUUUGACUCCAGUAAACAUCCCUGUAGUGGACCCAUGUGACACUAAUCUUCAAAAUGUUGGAUAUGCAGCUCAGUGUGAUGUUAUCAAUCAAGAACUUUUUGCACCAUGCCACACAUAUGUCAGUCCAGCACUGUAUUACCAGCUCUGCCGCUUUGAUGCAUGUAAAUGUGGAAGUAAUUGUCUAUGUAAUGCCCUGGCCCACUAUGCCUAUAUCUGCAACAAGCAUGGCAUCGCUAUCAACUUUAGAUCUCACGUUUCAUUCUGUGGAGUUGUCUGCCGCUUUGGAAUGUUGUUCCAUCAAUGUUCAUCAUACUGUGGCCGCACUUGUUCCUCUCUUUCCCUGGGAGAAGUCUGCACUGAUGAGUGUAUAGAAGGAUGUAACUGCCCUGAUGGAAAGUACUUUGAUGAGUCUCUUAGUUUUUGUGUUCCUAUAUCAAACUGUCGUUGUUAUUACAAGGGCAGAAUUUACCAUCCCGGGGAAGUGAUUUUAAGACAGUCUGGAUCUUGCCAGUGUUUGAAUGGAACAAUGAAGUGUACUGAAACCGCUACAACUAUGACAGGUCAAACAUGCCCAGAAGGAAAAAUAUACUUUGACUGCAGGAAUCCUGUUCUUGGUGUACCAUCUGCUGGUGUGAACUGUGAAGUCACUUGUGCCAACCUGGCAAUGAAUUUCUCAUGUGUCCCAUCCCCACUUUGUGCCAGUGGGUGUAUUUGUCCACCAGGUAUGGCUGAGCACAAAGGAAAAUGUUAUGUUCCUGAUAGCUGCCCAUGUUCAUGGAAAGAUUGGGAAUACUUAUCUGGAGAAGUCAUAACUACACCGUGCUACACAUGUGUUUGCAAAAGAGGAGUAUUUAACUGCACCAAUUACCCAUGUCCUUCUGUCUGUACUGUGUAUGGUGAUCGUCACUAUUACACUUUUGAUGGCUUGGAAUAUGACUAUGUCAGUGACUGUCAGGCUUAUUUAGUAAAGAGUGUUGAUAAUUCAAAUGUCUCCAUCAUUGCUCAGAAUAAGAAAUGCUUUGAUAAUGACAUAAUUUGUUCAAAAAAUCUAGUCAUCUCUGUGGGCGGGACUGACAUUUAUUUUACUGACACAUCAGAAAAACAGAAGCAAUUUCGAAUACAAAACGCAUCUUUUAGAUAUCAGCAUUGGAAGGCUGGGUUUUACACAGUGGUACACUUUCCAGAAUUAGACAUCACAAUACUAUGGGAUAAGAAAACCACAAUCCAUGUUAAAGUUGGACCUCGGUGGAAAGGAAAACUUUCAGGUCUGUGUGGAAACUUUGACAAGUACACCUCCAAUGACUUGACUACAUCUAAUAAUAUGGAAGUGAGGAAUGCACAGGUAUUUGGAGACAGCUGGACCAUUGGCCAGUGUAAAAGUUAUAAUGAGACAAUGAGGCCUUGUGAAGUUCAUCAGAGCAAAUUCCCAUAUGCAAAGAAAGAGUGUUCGAUUCUCUAUAGUGAUGUGUUUGCUCCCUGCCGCAAUGUGAUUGAUGUGACAUCAUUUGUGAAGAAUUGCCAUACAGAUACCUGCAACUGCAACCUUGGAGGAGAUUGUGAAUGUCUUUGUACCAGCAUAGCAGCAUAUGCUCACAAAUGCUGUCAACAAGGUGUAGCUGUCCAUUGGAGAUCACCCAAUGUGUGCCCUUAUGACUGUGAAUAUUAUAACCAAGGAUUAGGUGAAGGUCCCUUUAUUCUCUCAAGUUGUGGCAACAGUGAAAUUGUAUUAGGUGUUAACGCUACCAGCAAAUAUAUAUUCCCAUUGCCAAGAAUGAGUGCACACGGAAAUGUUUUAUUUAACUUCAUGGUAACACCUGGACUUUUCAAAGAUAAAGACUUGUCACUAUCACUUGUCUCUUUGGAAUCUGCGGAAAGGCCAAACUAUUUUCUCACUGUGCAAGAAAAUGACAGUGUGCGUUUGGAGCAGUGGGAUACCACCUCGUUGUUUCGUAGACGAGCUACCUUUUUUCAUCACCAAGGCCUCUGGGUUCCAGGAUAUAGUGCCUUUGAAUUGCACAGCAGAAAGGGGUUCUUUAUUGUCUUAACUGCCACAGAAGUUAAAGUUUCCAAAUAUGACAAUUCUGAGGAAUUUAAACUGUCCAGCGGAUUUAAGAUUGAAGAGAUUGCUGCAGCAGUUCCUUACAGGCGAAUGUGUGAGUGGAGGUAUGAACCAUGCGCCAGUCCUUGUGUUAAAACCUGCAGUGAUCCUGAAGCUGUUUUAUGUUCUUUUCUUCCACCGGUGGAAGGAUGCAUUCCAUACUGCCCAAGCCAUAUGAUUCUUGAUGAGAUUACACUUAAAUGUGUCUAUCCAGAAGACUGUGUUCCAGUGAAAACAACCAUUUUACCUACUUCCUCAAAACCAAUAAAGACAAGUUUGGCACCAACCAUUUCUACAAAAGAAGUAUAUCAGACAGAGACUGAACCAUUUCAGACAGAUUUUUUAGACACGUCACCUUACUCGACAACAGCUACCUACUCUACAACAGCUACCACUGUAAGUCCAACAUACACAAGGUAUACAGCACAUACAGAUUCACCAGGUCCAAGCACCUCUAAGGAGUAUGAAUCAUCUUCUAUUCUGCUCACUAGCGAAUAUGACAAAUUGACUCAAAGUACUUCAUCUCCUCGUCCUGGAAUACAGCAUUCAACAACACAGAACACAAGCCUGGGAACAAGCAUAUACUCUUUAUUAACUUCAGUAACAACCAUUUCUUCUUCGGGUUCACUGCUAACAUCACCUCAUGCUGCCACUUCAUUUGUAACGUAUAAAACACUACCUCCAAAAGAAGCCGUUGACACGACAAAAACACCAACACGAAUGUUGGGCCAAUCUUCUCAGGACCUUUACCAACUGACAACAAAGUCAGUCACUGCAACUCCAUAUACUUCCAUGAUGGAAAGGAUUACUUUGUCUUCAGCCACAGAUGUAUCAAGAUAUCCAAUUCUGUUAAAUGUAACAGCAUCCAAUGAAACAAGUCCAUCUUCAUCUACUUCAUCUGUGUCACUGACCACCUCUGUGGCCACUGCAGUUUUAACUUCAUCUUCAUAUGCCCCUCUUGCCCUCAGUACAACUAGCUCUAAAGUAUUAAGCAGUCAGUAUUCCCACACAACAUCUCAGGUCAGUACUGAUAAAAAGAUAACCAGCAUUUCUCCACAUACAUCAUCACAUACAUUCCCACAUACAACUUUACUAAAUGGAACUGUGUCUACUCUGACAACUCUGCAAACACACUUAAACCUUUCUGAAAGUUCAAGAACUGCAUUAACCACUUCAUCUAUUUAUUUGUCUCCACUGACCACCCAGUUAACUACAACUUUCAUGGCACCUUCAACAUCUCAUUUCGAUCCACAACAAACAACUAAAUCAGUAGUUCAGACCAAAAUAAAAGAAGAAACAUCUACUUUGUCUCCAACUUUGAUGUCUUCAAAAAUGCCAGUAGUUGUAUCUACUAUUAAACCUUCCUUAAGUUCAUCUACAUCAUCUACAUUAAGCCUGCUAACAUCUGCACAAACCUCAAAAAUAACUCCAAAAAUGACACCUCUGCAAAAUACCUCCUCUACUACAACUGUACUGCUCACUUUGGAGACCACAUUAGCGCCUAAAUCAACAAUAACAUAUGAAACAAAAGACCUAAUGAGGACUACAACUAAGCAUACACCCUUGUUAACUACCAAUGCAACGCUUAUUCAGACUCCACCUGUGACUUUGAGUACUAAAAAAUUCCCCAGGAGUACUGAAGCACCUCUUAAAAUACAAACAACUGUUAGAGAACAUCUGGGUACUAGCAUCCCUACAACAGAAGGUACAACUCAUGAAUUGGGAAGUAGAUCUACAGAAAUUUUUAUUUCUACGCAGCAUAUUUUUCCAACAAGUUCAGCUCUAAAACCUACAAAGCAAGAAUCUAUGGUAGAUACUUUUUUGACACACUCAACCCAAACAUUUUCUUCAAUGUCCGAAGAGAGUUUACUUACAACUUCAUACUCAUCUCCAACUUUUGACACUUCAACACAUACUUCUUCUGUGCCUUUAGAAAUAACAGAUACAAUUAUUAGUAUUGGUUCCACAGUCAAAUCUUCUGUGCAUUCAAAAACAACAAAUGCAACUACUAUUAUCAGUUCCACAGCUAUAUCUUCUUCUCUGCCUUCAGAAAUAACAGAUACAACUAUAAGUAAUUCUACAAUGCUUGUUACUAGUGUUAAGCACUUGGAGAUACCAUUUACACCUACGAUGAUGCCAACCACUACAAAAGUCACUCCUGCAUCUUCCACAUUUUCUACUGUGAGUGAAACAACAUCUGAAGCUGUGACUCUGAAUAAAACUAGCAUAGAACCAUCUUUCAACACUACUUAUAGCUUGCUGACUACUGAAAAGGAAAAGUUAGACUCUUACACAAUGAAAAGCAUCAGCGCUAUUACCAAACAAAUGCAUACCUCAUCAGUUAGUAAUACAAGUGAAAUCUCCACACUUCAGCCGACAGAGAUUCUGAAAUCCUUGAACUUUACGGAACCAACACAACUUCCAAUGCCUAAAAAUGUAACAUAUGAAUCAUUUUAUUCAGUGUCAUCUUCCACUACCGAGUCACUGAUAUCCGCAACAGCUACUGAUGUAAUGAUGAAUGUUACAGCAUCAUCAGACUAUUACUCAUUUGGAACAAUGUUGCAAACAAGCAGCUCUUCAGAAUGUAUGCCAAGGUACAUUGAACCGCUGGAUCCAUGUAGCCAAUAUGUUUGCAUUAAUAUGGGCUGGAUGCUGUACAAUGUAUCAGGAAAUUGUCAGAAAAAUGUGGAGAAACCUGACUGCGGCUUCCGCGGAAUGCCUGUCCAAGUGAACACUGACAGCUGCUGCCCGGAAUGGGAAUGUCCAUGCCAGUGCUCUGUGUUAUCAGAGCUGAGCAUCAUCACAUUUGAUGGAAACAACAUUGCACUCUAUAAUGCGGCACCCUACAUCUUAGUCAGGCUUCCAAAAGAAACGAUUGUAGCCCAUAUUGAAAAAUGUCCUCCAAGCUUGAGUGUCAACUCAAUAAGAAAGCUGGUUGCAGCUGGAGGUACUUCAGGGCUGUGCUUCAAAAAACUAAAUGUUACAACUGCAAAAUUUCAGCUACUUAUAAAUCGCUUAGAAAGGAGGGUAGAAGUGAAUUCAAUACCUCAGCCUUUACCUUACUCAAAGCAAGGACUAUGUAUACAGGACACAGGCGCAAUGUAUGUCAUUAACACCCCAGCAGGCAUCAGCAUUAGGUGGACUCAUGUUACCGGUAUUAUAGACAUACAGUAUGGCCUGCAUUCCAAUCAAUCCACCAAAACAGAAGGGCUUUGUGGAAUAUGCAAUGGUGAUCCAAGUGACGAUUUAAAAAUGCAAAACAGGACCAUAGUAACAAAUAAAGAGGACAUUGAAGCAUUUAUUAAAAGCUGGGAGAUUGAGAAAUCAAUUGAUGUUACUACAAGACGUCCAGUAAGGAACUGCACUGAAGAUAACUGCACUUACUGCAUGGAGUUACUAAACAAAAAAGUAUUUUCCCCAUGCCACCGGAAGGUUUCUCCUCAAGACUUCUGCGAAAAGAUGUGGAUCAACAACACAUAUUUCUUAAACUAUGAAUGUGAUGCUCUUUCUGCCUAUGUAGCAUUGUGCAGCAAACACAAUAUCUGCAUUCGAUGGAGAACCAAAGACUAUUGCUCAUUGACCUGUCCAGAGGGAAAGGAGUACCAGCCUUGUGUACAGCCAUGCGCUGCCAAAACCUGCCUAAACAAGUGGUACUAUGAAGAGUCACCAUGUUCCUACUUAAGGGAGGAUUGUGUUUGCAAAAAGGGAACCCUUCUCCACAGAACAGAUUCUGAGCUGUGCAUCCCAGAAAAAAAAUGUGCAUGCACUGAUAACGAAGGACACCCACGUUCACCAGGAGAAGUAUGGCAUUCAUCUGUCAGUAAGUGCUGUCUGUCAAAAUGCCUGGAGAAUGGCACUGUCAUAUCCCUAGAACCUGAAUGCAGGGAGGAACCAGUGCCAACCUGUGAGCAGGAGGGAGAGACUCUUAUCAGCAUUAUUGAAGAAGGAUCAUGCUGCCCAAAGAAAAUCUGCGAAUGUAACAUAACCUUGUGUGAAAGACCUGUGACCUGUAAGAUUGGGGAAAGACUGGUUGCAGAUUAUAUACCAGGUACCUGCUGCCCUCAAUUUCACUGUGUGUGUGACCCAUCUGCCUGCCCUAUAGCUUCACGUCCAGAGUGCAAAGGGGAUCAGAUUGUAGUCUUAGUUAGAGACAACGAUCCAUGCUGCUUCAACUAUAUCUGUGUUUGUGAAUCCUGUACAGAACCUGUUCCCGCUUGCAGAGAAGGAGAGAUCCUCACUGUUGAUUUGAACACCACAAGCCAGUGCUGCCCUCAUUAUACCUGUGUGUGUGAAGAGAACCUUUGUCCUACAUCACAGCCUUCCUGUAUGCCUGAGACACGGCUGGCUAAAAAGAGAAUAGAUGGAUCUUGUUGCCCAGGCUGGUAUUGUGAAUGUGACUGCACAAAUGUGACCAAUGUUGAAUGUUCUCUGGGAGAAUAUCGGAAGAUUGAUGCAGACUGGCAUAGUGCUUGUGGAUGUACUCACUAUAUUUGUGAGAAAGAAGAAGUGUGUGUAUUCCAGGGAGUUACAGUGUUGCGUCCUGGACAGUCACUGAUUCAUUAUUUGAGUGGGGAAAUGUGCUACACUGUGGAAUGCUUGCAUGAAAAAAAUCACACUACUGGAUUUUAUUCCAUGGAAAUAUUAAUGGUGAACUGUUCAACACAAUGCGCUGCUAACCAGGCUUAUAUUCCAUCUUCAAACAAUCAGAUGUGCUGUGGAUCAUGCAAGAAUGUUUCAUGCACAUUCUACAGUGAUAAUGGAACAAUGACUAUAUUUGAGGUGGGCGACUCCUGGAUUUCUAACUGCACCAAGUACGAGUGCACAAAGACUACAGUAGGUGCCAUGAUACUGGGUUCUAGCGUUGUCUGCCCUCCUUUUAAUGACAGUGAAUGUCUAAAGAAUGGCGGAUCUGUUCAGACAUAUAACGAUGGCUGCUGCAAGAUAUGCACAAAGGAGGAAAAAAUCUGCCAAAAAGUGGCUAUAAGAACCACCAUAAGGAAAAGUGACUGCAUUAGUCAAAACCCUAUCACUGUGGCUUCCUGUGAUGGAAAGUGUCCGUCUGCUACAAUCUUUAAUGUAAACAUUGAUAGCCAUAUACGAUUCUGUAAGUGCUGUCGGGAAAAUGGUGUACAGAAUCUGACAGUGCCACUCUACUGCUCAGGAAAUGGGACUGAAGUGAUGUACGUCAUACAGGAGCCACUGGACUGUUCUUGUCAGUGGAAUUAAACCUGGAUACAGCGUGGCAAGUUCUCUUUACAACUUUGCCCCAAAGCACCCUAUGCACUGAAGACACACUCCAUAUUUACUCAAUGUCACAUUAAUCCUACACUGUUUCGGUUCCAAAGAACUUCACAACUCUUCAUCAAAUUGUGGAAUGCAUCUAUUUAAGCUACACUUAUUCACUUAUAGACUGCAUAUGGUUAUACCAAUUUCAAUUUUUUUUUUUUUUUAUUGAAUGUUUCUAUUUCCAAAAUACAUUUUAGGGAAACAUUUAAAUUUUUCUUGCAAAGGUGGAUCAGUCGGUAUAAUAAAUCUUUUCAAGUGUGACAUUAUUCAGAUUUAUACUUGACUUGUGGUGCAUAAUAUUGAACUUGUACAAUGUCUUUUUACUUUUGAUCCCAAAUGUGCCAUGAUUUCUAUGUUGUAUCAAAAAUGAAUCUUAAUGUGUCAUUUAGUUAUUUUAUAUCUCAACAUCCAUAAAUACACUAAUGAGAAAGCAAUAAGCCUUUUAAAAAACUAUAUAAAAAAUGUAUAUAAUGUUACACCAAAAAUUUGAUAUAUUGUAAUAAAUGUAAAACUAAAAUCAAAGAUGUUAUAGUAUCUGAUGUAUAUUGUAUUACAUUCACUGAACCUGAACCCCAUUUAAAUCAAUAGGAGCAAAAUCUGUGAAAUAAAAAAUGCCUAUUUUUUUGGGCUAACGCUCAAGGGGGUGUCAAAAAUAGUAUGGGGUGAACACUAUCCCAGAGAACAUGUACCAAUGCAAAAAAAAUUAAAAUAUUUGGACAAACGCUUUGAUACAAAAAAAAUGUAUUCAGCCAGGAGCAGUGUUUUAUUAAAUGUUUCAAGUGAAAUAUUAAAA